AUGGAUCUUGCCACAGGGGCAACGAAUACUCUCCUCCCCAAGCUUGUGGAACUGGUGAUUGGUGAAUACAAGCUGCAGAAGGGUGUCAAGGAAGAAAUCAAGGAACUCGAGCAAGAGCUGACAAGCAUGACCGCAGCCCUCUGCAAGGUGGCUGAGCAACCGCCAGACCAGCUUGAAGAGCAGGUCAAGGACUGGGCCAGCGACGUGAGGGAGCUUUCCUAUGACAUCGAAGAUAAAGUUGAUACCUUCAUGUUGUGCGGCAAGGAGCAAGGGCAUACCAACCCGUUCAGCCUUAACGAGGGGCUCAUUGGUAAGGCCAACGAUCUGUACAAGAAGGCCAAGACUAACCAUCAGAUCCACGAUGUUGUCAAGGACAUCAUAGAAAAGGUCAAGAAAGUCGCUGAGCGUUGUGAUAGGUACAAGGUUGACAACAUUGCUGCGAGUCCAGCUAUGGUGCCUGUUGAUCCUCUCCUAGAAGGAUUGGGGAAGACUACUCUUGCCAAUUCAUUGCUUCAAGAAUUUAAAGAAAAUUUUGAUUGCCAUAUUUUUGUCUUGAUUUCCCUUAAUCCUGAUAUAAUGAUGAUUUUCAAGAACAUCCUGCUUCAACUUAACGACAAAAAGUGUGUCAACAAAGAUGAACCAUGGGAAAUGAAGCAGCUCAUCGACAGAAUUAUAGAGCUCCUCAAGGAUAGAAGGUACAAUAUUAAUUAUACCUACUCUUCAUCAUCAUUCGUUAAUAUUUCUUUUCCUUUCUGA